AUGAGCUCUCCGUCUGACGCGGCAGAUACGGCGAAGCGAGAAGAGACGGGGGCAAAGCAAGAGAAUGUCCAGCCAGUGGCACCAGCGGCACCGGCAGCAGCACCACCUGCUGCCACUGUGUCGGACGAUCUAGACGACGAUGUUCCUGAUCCAGACGAAGAAGACCUGGAUGAUCUCGACGAGCUACUCGACGGCUUCAAGGCUGUCCGGCAGGAGAUGAUCAACGACAACACGUUAAAGGAGGGAGAAGAGGCUGCUGAUCUGGACUACGAGAAUAUGUCAGAAGAAGAAGUCACCAAGAGGAUGCAGGCAGGCAUAGCUGGUCUGUUGGCCAACUUGGAGCAAUCUCCCGAACUACAAGCUCAGUUUGAAGAGAUGUUUAAGCAGAUGGGCGCCGAGAUGGGCGCAGACUUCGAGGCCGAUGAGGAAGAGCAGCAAACCAGCAGCAAAGACAAAAGCCCGGCCGUCGCAAGCACCACUGCAGGCACCGCCACGAGCACCACUGCGAGCACCACUGCAGGUGCCUCUACGAGUGCUCCCGCUCCCGCUCCCGCCGCCGCCGCACCGAAGCCUUCUCAGCCAGCUACUGAGGGGCCCAGCGGUGCGGCGUUUCAAGACACGAUCCGUCGUACCAUGGAGCGCAUGCAGUCGUCUGGCGACCAGGCCACCGCGGCAGCGGCGGCGGGUGGCGAGGACGACUUCUUGGCCGAGAUGCUCAAGCAGCUUACGGCCGGCGAGUUUGCUGGCGGCAGCGAAGAGGACUUCUCCAAGAUGCUCAUGGGCAUGAUGGAGCAGCUGACAAACAAGGAGAUUCUGUACGAGCCGAUGAAGGAGCUGCAUGACAAGUUCCCUGCUUGGCUCGCCAAGAACAAGGACUCGGUUCCUGCCGACGACUUGAAGAGAUAUAUGGAGCAAAAGACGAUUGUGGAGGAGAUUGUGGCCAAAUUCAACGAGCCCACCUACUCGGACUCUAACGCGAAGGACAGGGAAUACAUCGUGGACAGGAUGCAAAGGAUGCAAGCGGCAGGGUCGCCGCCGUCAGACCUGGUUGGGGAUAUGGCCUCUGCCCAGGAAGCCUUUAAUGGCGCAGAAGACCAGUGCACUCCGCAAUAA